UCAAGUUCGUUCGUCACGCCAAUUCAAAGGUAGUCGGAAUAUAUGGCCAGGGAAAUAAUAUGCCGAAUGCAUUAGGAGAACCAGAAUUAGUAAAACAAAAGUUCCCCAAUUCGCCAAUAGACGAACCAAAGGAGAGAAUAAUCGACUUGAGCGAAGUAUCCAGGCACGAUGGAAGAUUUGAUUGCUGGAUUGUUUUGUACGACAGAGUAUACGACAUUACCAAUUUCAUUGACGAGCAUCCUGGCGGGGAAGAUGUACUUUUGGAAUAUGCCGGAAAAGAUAGUACAAUUGCAUUCAGAGGAACAGGCCAUAGUUCUUACGCUAUACGAUCCUUAAAACAAUUUUUAAUUGGAGAAUUGCCGCUGCAGGAACGAAUUUAUAGAAGACCUAAUGGAUUUAAAAUUAGUGAUCUUCCUGACUAAACAAUCUUUUUCAGGUGUAAUUAUAAUAAAAUCUAUUCUGAA